CUCAGACCUGUCAGAGGAGUAACUCUCUCCAGCGUGAAGACAAACAACCCAACAGGAGACUUUCACUCGUAGCAAUAAGCUCCACUGACACUGGCGAUGAUGUGACGGAGCAGCUGUCCUCUUAGAAAAUGGCUGCGUUACCUGGUGUGAGGGCUCUCCUCAACCUCCAUCAGUCCGUGACAUUGCAGCACAGCUUGAGACUCGUUAAUGUACAUUUGAGGUCAAUGUGCCUUCCGGGGAAGCUUUGCACCGGUCCCACCAAAACGAUUGAGCUCAAGCUGCCGGAGAACACAGAGAAUGAGUCUCUGCUAGAGAACUUGAACCUCAUGGGAGUUGAUGUGAAAAAAGCUCGCCAGCGACAGCCCGGCGUGUUUCGGAAAGCUUUCACCAACGAGCAGGGCCUUGCUCAGUUUUUGCAAGGCAAAGGUGCCAGCCGCAGAGUAGUCGCCAGCAUCGUAUCCCGGUACCCUCGCGCUAUCACUCGCUCGAGCGAACACUUGGAACAGCGCUGGGAUCUGUGGAGGAACAUCUUUAUGACUGAUGCGGAAAUUGUGACCAUCCUGGAUCGCUCACCUGAGUCUUUCUUCCGCUCCAGUGAUAAUGAGAACUUGGAGAAGAACAUAGAUUUUCUGACGUCACUGGGACUGAACACCAAAGACCUCCACCGCCUGCUGACAACAGCGCCGCGAACAUUCUCCAACAGUUUAGAGCUCAACAGGCAAAUGGUGGAGUUUCUGGAAGACAUCUGUGCAGAGCUGGGUGGGACGAAUCCAGAGCAGUUUGUAAAAGCUGUCAUAACCAGAAACCUGUACAUUCUCAUCCGAAGCACAAAGAGAGUCAAGACAAACAUCGAUAUCCUGAGAUCAUAUCUUAAGCUGAGUGAUGCUGAACUGCUGGCUCUUCUACAAGGCCCUGUGGCGGAAAUUCUGGAUCUUUCAAACGAGUAUUUGAAAAACAAUUUUAGCAGCCUUAAGCAGAAGAUGGUUUCCCUCGGCUGUCGGAGAAAUCACAUUAAAAAACUGAUCAUGAGCUAUCCAAUGGUCCUGUUCAUUGGGCCGAGCACAUUAAGCUUGAAACUGGACUGCCUGCUGAAAGGGGGAAUAACCAUGAAUCAGAUAGUGGAGAAGCCCAAGGUUUUGGACUACAGCACAGAGAACAUCACAGGGCGACUGGAGGAGCUGAAGAGAGUGGGGUAUGAUUUCCACAAGAACGGCAUCAACAUCCUGGACUCCAGCCGAAAGCGGUUUGAUGCAAAGAUAGAAAAACUUGCCGGCUCACCAGAAGAUGAAAUAUAAUUAUGAUCAUGUUGGAGUGCACUUUUAUUUGAACUUGGCUUCAGGAUAGUCAUGUUUUCUUUUUUCAACAAUAACUCAUUUAUUUUGUGACAAUAAUAUAAUUUCUGACAGAUCUGAAUACAUUUCCUAAUUGAUUAUUUGGUGAGUAAAAAGUCAGCAAGUAGUGAACAUGACCAUCACACCCUCCUAUAAAACAUACUGUAUUCUUUAAAACCCAAAGAUAUUCACUUUAUAAACACUUUAAUAAGGACAGAGCUAAUUCUCACAUUUAAGAAGCUUGACAUUUAGAAUAGUUGGCAUUUUCGAAAAUAACUACUUAAAUGAACAAUUGUGCAUCAGAACAGUUUCUUCAUUUAAUGUUGAAUCACUAAUUAAUAAACUGACUGUUAAAUGUUUCAUCUCUAACAUCAAGUGGAGUAAUCAACAAUAAUUGUUUUGGCUGACAGCUGUCAAAAAAUCUAUAUACACAGUGUUUG